GGGACACUGGCCAUAAGGGGAAGGGGGAAACACUGGCCAUCGGGGAAAAGAGGGACACAGGCCAUCAGGAUAAGAAGGAUACUGGAAAUCAGGGUAAGGGGGUACACUGGCCAUCAGGGAAAGGGGGGGCACUGGUGUAACGGAAGCGUAGGCAGGACAGAGCACACGGAGAAGAUGGGGAACACACAAAACUUUAUUGAAGCAACAAAAUGACAGACACUCAAUGGGGAAAUGGCAGGGAGGGUGAUGUGUGCACAAACCAGGGACGAUUCCAGGACACGGGUGGUCAGUGCACACAGCGGGGCAGUUCGGAACACGGGUGGUCGGUGCACACAGCGGGGACAGUUCAGGACACGAGUGGUCGGUGCACACACUGGGGACAGUUCAGAACAUGGUGGUCGGUGCACACAGCAGGGACAGUUCAGAACACGGGUGGUCAGUGCACACAGCAGGGACAGUUCAGGACACAAGUGGUCGGUGCACACCGCGGGGGGGACAGUUCAGGACACGAGUGGUCGGUGCGCACACUGGGGACAGUUCAGAACACGGGUGGUCGGUGCACACAGCAGACACAGUUCAGGACACAGGUGGACAGUGCGCACAACAGGGACAGUUCAGGACACAGGUGGUCAGUGCACACAGCGGGGACAGUUCAGGACACGAGUGGUCGGUGCACACACUGGGGACAGUUCAGGACACGGGUGGUCGGUGCACACAGCGGGGGCAGUUCAGAACACAGGUGGUCAGUGCACACAGCGGGGACAGUUCAGGACACAAGUGGUCGGUGCACACCGCGGGGACAGUUCAGGACACGAGUGGUCGGUGCGCACACUGGGGACAGUUCAGAACACGGGUGGUCGGUGCACACAGCAGACACAGUUCAG